UAUUUUGUUUUUCAGUUUAAACGGGUCUCUGAAACGCAGCCUAAACCCUAGUCGCUAUACGUAAUCGAAUCAGAAGGACAGUCUCGGUGAACUUCAAGCCGCUUCUCCUUCUCCUCCCUGUCAAAAAUUCCUAAAACGCUCUGAUGGCGCCAAAGAAGGAUAAGGCUCCACCACCGUCAUCGAAGCCAGCCAAAUCUGGCGGAGGAAAGCAGAAGAAGAAGAAGUGGAGCAAAGGAAAACAAAAGGAGAAGGUGAACAACAUGGUUUUGUUUGAUCAAGGUACCUACGACAAGCUUCUCAGUGAAGUCCCAAAAUACAAGCUUGUCACUCCUUCAAUCUUGUCUGACAGAUUAAGGAUUAGUGGUUCACUUGCACGCAGAGCAAUCAAGGAUCUGAUGGCCAGAGGUUCCAUUAGGAUGAUAUCAGCACAUGCUAGCCAGCAGAUUUACACUAGGGCAACUAACACCUAGAGGAUGCAUUUUCUUCAUAUCCCGAACUGGAUAGUUCAGGGUAUGCAGUUUCUAUUUACUUUUUAUUGGGUUCUGAAUUUUGAUGCUAGUAGUUUUCCACCACUUUUUUUUUUGACAAAAACAAAACUCAAGUAAUACUGUUUCUUAUUUUUGAGUUUAAGUUAUUGUAAUGACUAAUGCAAAUAUGGUAAAUUAGUAUCACCUAAAUUUUCAUGAA